AUGCGGUUUCUCUGUCUUCCGGGAGCCUAUGGCAGCUCCGAUAAGUUCCAGGUUCAGCUAGCACCUAUCGUCAAGGAGUUGACUGAAGAUGGAACGGCUACCUUCCACUUCAUCCACGGCCCCUGCAAAGCCGUGCCGCCCGAGGGCUUCGAGGCGUACUUUGGAAAGCCGCCCUAUUACCGCUUUAUCGAGCCCGACCGGGAUGUGGAAAAGACCCAAGACGACGUCCUGGCCAGAAUCAGGGACUUUCCCCACUGUGAGAGUCCCGAGGACACCAUGCGAGAGCUGAUGAGCGAGGGCGUCGCCACCUCACAUCGCAGUACCGACAAUGCACUCAAACAUCUGAUUAAAAUCAUGGAUGAGCGCGGCCCAUUUGAUGCCAUCAUUGGCUAUUCGGAAGGCGCCACUGUUGCUGCCACGCUUCUGCUUCACGAGCAGAGGCGCUUCAAGAAGAAGGGCAUCAAGCCCAUGUUCAAGUACGCCAUCUUUUUCGCUGGCUGGCCCCCCGUCGACCCUGACACCCACCACAUGAUUCUGAGCGACGAAUCCGACGUCGUGAUUGAAAUCCCUACAUGUCAUAUUAUCGGCUCCUUGGACCCUUAUGUCCAUGGAUCUUUGGCCCUUUACAAUGUGUGCGAUCCCGCUACUGCCUAUCUCUUCGAUCACGCCAAGGGCCACACGCUACCGCGGGACAAGGAAACUGUAAAGGAACUGGCUAAUGUGGUACGGGAGGUUGCCUGCCUCUAUGGAAUCCAUGCCUGA